UUCAUCUGCAAGGUCCAAACAUAGAGAAACACAACAGGAGAGGAAAUGAAUUGCUUUAGAUCUCGUCGUCCCAAAUACAGCUCCCCUACCAAUGAUAACAACUCUCUUGACAUGGCCUUUCCAUCAAAACAAGAAAACCCAGAAACCAAAAAAUCCAAAGAAGAAGUGUUGUUGCGUAUCCCAGGAUGCACAAUUAAUCUCAUGGAUGAAGGAGAGACAGCUGAACUUGCAAAAGGAGAUUUCGUACUUGUCAAGCUUAUUGAAGAGAAUAUUUCCCUUGCAACAAUUGUCAAAGUCGGUGAUGAUCUACAAUGGCCUCUCACAAAAGAUGAGCCGGUUGUGAAGCUUGACGCUUUCCAAUAUCUCUUUUCAUUGCCCAUCAAAGAUGGUGAUCCUCUGAGCUAUGGCGUGUCUUUCUCUGAAAAUUCUCCUACUGAAUUGGGUUUACUGGAUACAUUUCUGAAGGAGCAUUCAUGCUUUUCUAGCUCUUCUACUACUCAGAAUCGGCAUGUUGAUUGGAGGGAUUUUGCUCCAAAGGUUGACGAUUACAAUGGAGUCUUAGCUAAGGCAAUUGCAGGAGGGAGUGGUGAAAUCGUGAAGGGCAUUUUCAGAUGUAGCAAUGCUUACUCUAAAAAGGUUCAAAAGGGAGGGGAGAUGAUUCUAAGUCAAGUCGAGGAGAAGGAUGGUGUACCUGCAGUGGAAAAUAAGAGCACCAAAAGAGCUGGCAAGACAAAAAAUGGCGGUGUAAAGAAAAGUCUUAAACGGGUGAGGAAGAUAUCAAAGAUGACUGAGAAGAUGAGUAAAUCUCUGCUAGAUGGGAUCGGGAUUGCCACUGGAUCCAUCGUGGCGCCUUUGGCCAAGUCCCAGUCCGGAAAGGCAUUCCUAGCUAUGGUUCCUGGAGAGGUUCUCUUGGCUUCAGUUGAUGCUAUCAACAAGGUUUUGGAUGCAGUUGAAGUUGCUGAAAGACAAGCUCUCUCUGCCACAUCUGGUGCAGCAACCAGAAUGGUCUCCCAAAGGUUUGGGGAAAGUGCAGGGGAGGUGACAGGAGAUGUCUUUGCAACUGCAGGGCACUGUGCUUGUACCGCUUGGAAUAUCUUUAAGAUACGAAAGGCUAUUGAUCCAGCCUCCUCUGUCCCUUCAGCAAUACUGAAAAAUUCAGUAAGAAAGAGAAAAAAGUAAUACACAUACUACUCUACGUCUCUACCUGAACAAACCCAUCUGAUCAGAUAGACUGAGCAUCCAAAAUCACCAAACAAAGGAUUGAUGACUGAGAAAGUCACAGGAUCAAAUUAAUGUAUGAUAUCGAUCUUUAACUCUGGUAAGAAGAAACAAUGUAUGUCAUGGAUCUUUGACUCGGAGUAUUGCUCCAGCAAGGAAUUUCACCGGUUUAACUUAUGUUGUUCCUGAUAAUAGAAGGUUAUGUGUUUUUAAAUUUUGUACCUGACUACCUGACAUAUUGAUGAACCUGCAAUCUGAUGGGCACCUAAAAUAAACAACUCCUAGCACA